UGAAGUGGAACGUACAGAAAGUGCGUCAAUAACAGGACCGACGGAUAUCUUUGAUAUUUUUUAUUAUGGAACACAGGUCCUGUCUCUGACUGACACAUGUCCUUAUACCCAGAGGUGACAUCAACAGGAAGUGCCAUGGAAACUUCCAACUUUGCUCAUGUUAUUUUUCAGAACGUUGGGAAGAGCUACCUUCCUCACGCUGCACUGGAGUGUCAUUAUACUCUCACCCAGUUCAUCAAACCACAUCCCAAAGACUGGGUCGGCAUCUUCAAGGUGGGCUGGAGCACAGCGCGGGAUUACUACACCUUCCUGUGGUCUCCUCUCCCUGAAAGCUACACAGAGGGCACAGCUGUCAACAGAUCCGUGGUUUUUCAAGGUUAUUACGUCCCUAACGAUGAUGGCGAAUUCUAUCAGUUCUGUUAUGUUACACACAAAGGAGAGAUCCGCGGUGCCAGUACACCAUUUCAGUUCAGAGCCAGUUCUCCCAGUGAAGAGGAGUUACUGGCAGUGGAAGAUGAAGGCAACUCCGACAUUCUAGUUGUGACAACCAAGGCCAGCUACCUGGAGCAAAAAGUGGAGGAGGUGCGUCAGGAGAAAGAGGAGCUGCAGAGGAACCUGGACGUGGUGCAGAGAGAGAGGGAUGGCUUGACGGAGGAGAGGGAGCGACUGCAGAAGGAGAAAGGCGAUCUGUUGGAGGAGAAAGAUAGACUGCAGAAAGAGUGUGAGAAGGAACGAGAGAUCGGCACACAGCUCAAAAAAGAGAUUCAGGAGCUGCAACUCUCCUCUCAGACUCUUCAGGAGGAGAGAGAGGAGAUGAAGAAGAUCAGUGAAGAGAAGAUGGCUCGACUGCUCCAGCUGGAGGAGGACCUGAUUGGAGUCACUCAGAAGGGGCUACAGAAGGAGACGGAGCUUGACUGUCUGAGGGAUCGUGUGAAGAAGCUAUCGGUGGAGAGGGAGACUCAGGAAGCCCAGCUGAAGAAUGAGAGAGAUGAGAAAGAACUCUAUAAGAUCCAUCUAAAGAAUCGGGAGUUGGAAAACACUAAGCUGAGCGCGGAGCUGCACAUGCUGAAGUCUGUGGAUGUGAAUAAGGAGAAUACAAUCGCUCAGCUCAGAGAAGAGCUGGGACGACUGAAAGCCUGUCUCACUGAGAAAGAACAACAGCAUCAGCAGAUACUGGCCAACCUUUCACCAUCGGGAGAGAUCAAGCUGCUAAACGAGCAGUUACGUCAGAAGGAGGAGCAGUUGCGUCAGAAGGAGGAGCAGUUGCGUCAGAAGGAGGAGCAGUUGCAGGCCACUCAGCAGCAAGCCGCCUUGCUUUCGGCCGAGCUUCGUGAAGCGUCCUCCUCGCGGGACCGUAGUAUGUCAGAGUUGUACCGCAUGCGUGUGGAAAUGGACACGUUACGGAAGAGCCAGGCUGCUGUGCAGGCAGACUGCAGCCAGAGACAAGAGCACGAACAAACCAGAAGUUCCAGCCAUCAGGAGACAGGCGCUGUGGAGCCCAUGGUGGAGGAGUUACAGAGAGAGGUCAGUGACCUGCGGCUGAGGUUACAGAUGGCUGCUGAACAUUAUAAGGAGAAAUAUAAAGAGUGUCAGAGACUCCAGAAACAGGUCGCCAGGCUGGCUGAUCAACAGGGGGGGAAGAAGAACUCAGGUGACCCACUCAGUGCCAGUCCUGAUGCCUCUGUCCCAGGAAGUCCGGGUGCAUCAGAUGCUGUGCUGGAUGCCAUUAUUCUGGGCAAACUGAAGGGAGGGAAACCAGACCUGUCUGAGAAGACUGACAAAUACAGGAAGUGUAAACAGAUGUUGAAUGAGGAAAGGGAGCGUUGCAGUGUGUUGACAGAUGAAGUGUCUAAGCUGGAGGGGAAAUGGAAGGAGCAGGUAAAGGCUAAUGAAACCCUGCGUCUCCAGCUGGCUGCCGAAGAGGACCGGUACAAGAGUCAGGUGGCUGCCAAAGGGCGUGAGGUGAAGGAGUUGAAGGAGAGUCUGACUGCUCUGAUGAAGGAGAAGGAAAAACUGGAAGGGGAGUUACAGCAGAGUGUGAGCAGGGAGACAGCCGCUGACGCUGAUGGUGACGGUGAUGAUGAUGAAGAUGAUGAUGAAGACGGCAGGUUGAAUGUGCAGCCUGUGUUUCUGCAGUACCCUCUGCCCUAUCCUCAGGACUCCUCCUCUCCCCUGCUCCUUCCUCAGCGCCCCUCAGAGCUCCUGUUUGGGAACCCCUACUCUUCCUCAGAUGUCAGAGAUGGGGCAGACAUUGAGUUCCCUGACGACCAGGUAGCCCGUCUGCCCCCUGUGGGCCCCCCCUCCUGGGACAGUAACGUGGUUUGUAUCCAACCAGCCAGAAACCUCAGUCGGCCCGACGGGCGGGAGGAACCAGAGGAUCUCCAGGGCAGCGCCAAUGUUAGUGACCCGUCUACUGCAUCUGGUCCUCAGAAUGACUUCCUUAAUGAUGGACAGACACCCUUCUGCUUUGACUCCAGCGUGGAGGAGCAGAAGCGCUGUCCUUUGUGUGAGGUGAUCUUCCCUCCUCACUACGACCAGUCGAAGUUUGAAGAGCAUGUGGAGAGUCACUGGAAGGUCUGUCCCAUGUGCGGGGAGCAGUUUCCCCUGGACUGUGAUCAGCAGCUCUUCGAGAAACACGUCCUCACACACUUUGACGGCAACGUGCUUAACUUUGACUAAACACACACACUCAUAGACACACACACACACACACACAAUGCGACUCCAUUUUUCCCUCAGUAUAUAGCGGCUUUGAAGCCGCGCUGUUAACUCAUGUGCUCUGCGCUGACUGCUCAUCUUUAAGACUUUAUUUUGACGUUUGUAUUGUGAUGUGUGGGUCUGUGUGUGUGCCUGAAUGAGAUGGGAUUGGCUGUUGGAACAGACUGACUGAUGUUUUCAGUUUGUUUAUUGGUAGUGUGAUUAAAAGUGGUGGGAGGGGGAGGUGUCACACACACACACACUUCCUCUGUGGGGGUAAUCACAGAGGAUCAUCCUGAUAUGUCAUGAAAUGCUCUAAAAACGUUAAAAGAACAUAACAGCAACGCACUUGUGAGAUUGUCCAGCCCAGACCCCACUGUGUGUGUGUUUAACACAGGAUGUAAUAGAGCUUAUAACCCUAUAUUCAUAAAAUCAAAUCUAUUUUAGACUAAUCUUUUCACUUUAUCCUCUUGAAUAAGCUUUAAUCAGAAUUUUCAUGUAGUUUUUAUUGGAUCAUUUAUGGUAUUUAAAUGAAUUUGACUUUCCUUUGGCAUGCACUGGCUUUAAAACACAUUGUCUGUUUGAGCUGAUCAUGAGUGAGAUUUCUGAUUUCUCUCCUCUGUAAUAAAUCAUAUGAAUAAACACUCGGGUUUGGAGCAA